AUGGAGUCCUCGUCUUCCUUGCCGGCAAAUCAUAAUGUUCGGGGAGAGAGCAUUGAUCGCCAGCAGCAGCCCCAGGUGGAUGCUAGUAAUCGCCCAUCCUCUCUAAAAAGUUAUGUAAGGAUACUCUCGUAUGGUGCCAGAGGCGGUGGCCUUGGACCUAUGGUGCUCGGCCUAUUGUGUGCGAUGGGCUCCGGCGUGGCCUUACCAUUAAUGAAUGUAGUUUUUGGAAAUCUCACUGGAGACUUUAAUCGCUAUUUUACAUCUAACAACUCUGUCAAUGAAGACGCUUUCAGGGCUCUUUACAUUGUAUAUCUUUUCAUUGGGAAGUUUGUUCUUACAUACAUUUCCAUGCUCUGCUUCCGCAUCAUCAGCCUCCGGGCCUCAUCAGCGCUACGGCUUGAAUAUAUGGAAGCGCUUUUUGCUCAGCCUGUCCGCAAGCUGGACGAAACGUCCGUGGGGACAGUGACCAAUGCUAUCACAGGCCUAUCAAACACAAUCCAGCAGAGCGUAUCUGAUCGCUUGGCAAUCCUGUUCCAGUCCCUCGCUCUGUUGGUGGCCGCCUAUGCGGUGGCCUUUCGGUAUUCGUGGGCAUUGACUUUGGUCGUUAGCUCCGCCAUUCUGUUUGUGCUUGUGGGGUUUAGUAUUACCGUUCCCCAUAUUGUCAAGGCACAGCGAAUGGUGGAUCGCGCCGAUGAGAAGCAAGCCGCCGUUGCAGCAGAGGUCUUCAGUGCGAUCCGAACCGUCCUUGCUCUUGGAGCUGAAGUCCCGCUGUCCCACAAAUACUCCUCAUGGGUAAAGGAGGCUCGUAAGCGUGCUGUCCGGAUGUGUCCAGUUACUGGAAUUCAUCUGGCACUACUUUUCUUCGCUAUGUACUCCAGUUAUGCUUUGGCCUUUUGGUUUGGGUUGAAGCUAUACAGCGAGGGCCAUAUUGCAAACGUCAACACUGUCAUUGUGGUCUUUUUUUCUGUGCUUUUAGUGGUUACUGUGCUGGGCGGGAUCGCGUCCCCAUUAAUGGCGAUCACUAAGGCGACGAGUGCUUCUGGCCCAUUUUUCGAUGUGAUUGAUGCGGAUCGCGUUUCAAUGAAGGGGCUUCGGAGCCCGGAUGCUUCCAGUCAGGAGGAUAUUUGUUUCGACUCAGUUAGCUUCGCCUAUCCAACUCGUCCUGAUACACAGGUGCUACGGGACUUUACGGCCUAUUUUGAGAGGGGCAAUACGACUGCCCUUGUAGGCCCUUCAGGUUCUGGGAAAAGUACCGUUGUAGCUCUCAUAGAACGUUGGUAUCAGCUUCGGAACACCGACCCGCCAGAGGAGAGUCGAGUGGUCCGGGGCCGAAUCCUUGUGGGUAAGCAUAACCUCAACGAUCUUGACAUAAAAUGGUGGAGGUCACAGAUCGGUUUGGUCGAGCAGGAACCUGUUCUAUUCAAUGAAUCGGUGUAUACCAAUGUGGCCUUUGGGCUAAUAGGAACUGCAUGGGAGCACGAGCCAGAACGUGUGAAGAUGGACUUGGUGGUGAAGGCAUGCCGCGACGCUUUUGCCAACGAGUUUAUUGACAGACUGCCUCUGGGAUAUGAUACUGUGGUGGGUGAAGGUGGCAUCGCAUUAAGUGGAGGGCAGCGUCAACGUUUAGCAAUCGCUCGAAGCAUAGUCUGUAACCCAUCAAUUCUCAUUCUCGACGAGGCGACAAGUUCAAUCGAUAUACGAGGUGAGCAAGUCGUUCAGGCGGCCCUAGAUCGGGUCUCUCGAGAUCGAACAACCAUUAUGAUUGCGCAUCGCCUUUCCACUAUCAUCCGAGCAGACCAUAUAAUUGUGAUGAAAGAUGGCUCUAAAGCAGAAGAAGGCACGCAUCAAACAUUGAUGGACCAUCGUGGAGUGUACUACAGCCUUGUAAAUGCGCAGCAACUGGAAAGUCCAGCCAUGGAUACUACUGCAGCAAUCGAGGAGCUUCCCUACACUCUCCCUGAGGAUACCAAAGUUGAAGCUUAUGCAGCUGACGGCUAUGAAGUUACUGACAGCGAGGAGGUCGUCAAGAGAAAAGGAGGGAAAGGCGUAAUCCGUACCUUGUGGCAUGUCGUACGCGAGCAAAGGACCCACUGGCCUGUAUUGGCUUUGACCGUCAUCGGAUCAAUGGGUGCUGGGUCUGCCUUUGCGUUCCAGAGCUGGCUUUUCGCAAAGCUCGUUCAGGUCUUUCAGUUUUCUGGCAACAAGUUGAGUGAAGCGGCGAACUUCUGGUCCCUCAUGUUUUUUAUUCUUGCCCUCGCGAUGUGCCUAUUCUAUUUCGAUGUUGGCUAUGCUUCCACAUCUUUUUCAGUUGAUAUCGCAGCAAACUAUCGCCAAGACUACUUUCAGAGCAUUCUGCACAAGCCCGUAUCAUACUAUGAUCAGGAAGAAAAUUCCUCUGGUACCCUCAUGGGAAGAUUAUCAACAGACCCAAAACAGCUGCAAGAGCUGUUUGGCGUCAAUGGGGUCUUCCCACUUAUUUCGAUUUUUAGUCUCAUGGGAUGCGUUGCUAUCUCAUUUAGUUUCGGCUGGAAGUUAGCUGCAGUAGCUUUCUUUGCUGCCUUGCCCUUUAUCUUGCUGGCUUCAUAUUUCCGAAUUCAAUAUGAAGUCCAAUUUGAGGGCAUGAAUGCAGAGGUAUACGCUGAAAGCUCCAAGUUCGCUACGGAGGCAAUUCGUGCCUUUCGAACGGUUACUUCACUCACGAUGGAAGACACCAUCCUGCAACGAUACUCUAAUCUGCUGUCUCAACAGAGAAUCAGAGCCAUUCACAAGGCCUGGCUUGCGACGCUCGUGGUUGCGCUCUCUGAUAGCAUCGACCUCUGCGCUAUGGCACUUACCUUCUGGUAUGGUGGGCAGCUUCUUGCCUCUCGCGAAUAUGACCCAGUGGUGUUCUUUGUGGUCUACAUUGCUAUUAUCCAAGGGGGACAGUCGGCAGGUCAGUUUCUUAGCUUCGGUCCUAAUAUGGCACAGACAACAGCAUCUGCCCGACGCAUAUUAGAGACAAGAUCUUCGUCAAAUGAGCGAGACAAUGACCAGAACCACCGUCCACAAUCGAUGUCUGGUGUUCCGCUCUUUCACCAGGCCGAUGUGUGCUGCCGAGACCUCACCUUCCAGUAUCCAUCUCGCGGUGGACCUGUCUUUACAGGGAUGAAUUUCAGCAUCCACAGUGGCCAGUAUGUUGCAAUUGUUGGCCCAUCCGGAUGCGGCAAAUCAACUAUCGUCUCUCUCCUGGAGCGGUUUUACGACCCCGCCAAAGGUAGUAUAGAAUUCGCAGGCCAAGAUAUCCGAAAGUACCCACUUGCAUCUUAUCGUCGAGCAUUAUCUCUGGUCUCUCAAGAACCCAAGCUCUUCGAAGGCACCAUUCGGGAAAAUCUUCUCUUGGGCCUCGAAGCGGAUGAUGAUGGAGAGCUUGAUACGUCGAGGGAAGCGCGGAUGAUAGAGGCGUGCAAAGAUGCCGAACUUCAUGAAUUUAUUAUAUCUCUUCCUGAAGGCUACUCCACCUCCCUGGGUAUUAAUGCUCAAUUAUCUCUCAGCGGUGGUCAAAAGCAGCGACUCUGUAUUGCCCGUGCACUAAUGCGUAGACCACGGCUACUUCUUCUGGACGAAGCAACGUCCAGUCUCGAUUCGCAGUCCGAGAGGCUUAUACAGAAGGCACUAGAGCGACUGGCGGAGAGGAAAACGAUGACGAUAAUUGCGGUUGCUCACCGACUAGCCACUAUUCAGAAGGCUGACUUGAUACUUGUCUGCGGAGAGGGAGAGCCUGGCAGCGGUUCUGUUAUUAUUGAACGUGGUACUCAUACUGAACUACUACAGAGAAGGGGUGUAUACUGGCAGAUGUGCCAGGUUCAAGCUCUAGAUAGCCAUACGAAUUAA